GAGUGUAAUCCUUCAUUAGCGUCGCUCGUGGCCCAUUAACCAGCCAGUUCUCGCCAUUGAACUACCAUCCACAUGGAAAGCAAAUUGGUCCAGUUUUCUUCUCUGAGUCAGAAGGACAAAGCGCCUGCUUAUCUGUCUCUUAUCCCCGAAGUACUUUCUCAGUCAGAUCAGCCGGCCAUCGCUGCAAAUUUGCACACCCUUGUAGACACCGUCGUCAACCAGGAGAGCGUCGGUCUUGUAAUUGGGAGACAGGUAUUGUCAGAAAUCGUCAAAAACCUUGAGGCAGGAGCAAUCCCCAGCUCUGGACUGCGAAAGCGCAUAGUCGAGGACACUCUUGCCACCAUCCAACCGCACAUUGUCAGCUAUGAAGAGCAAGUUAACUCUCUCCGAUACCAAUUAGCCGAUCUCCUCGAAUCUGAAGAAGAAUGGAGUGAAGCGGCUCGUGUCCUGAUGGGCAUUUCCGUGGACUCUGGCCAAAGAGCACUUCCAGAUGAAGAAAAACUUCGACUUUACAUUCGUAUUGUCAGGCUACUACUAGAAGAGGAAGAUUCUGUACAGGCGGAAACAUACUACAAUCGUGCUGCCUCAGUCGUUCAUUCGACGAACGAUAAGGAAACCCUCCUCCAGUUCAAGUUGUGUCAAGCCAGGAUCAGUGAUUAUGCUCGCAAAUUCCUUGAAGCCGCUAUGCGGUAUCACGAGCUCAGCUGGGUCGCAGAAAUUGACGAAGAGGAAAGAAGAGAAAUACUGUCAGCCGCCGUCACAUGUGCUGUUCUUGCUCCAGCAGGACCCAAUCGCUCUCGAGUUUUAGCCUCUCUUUACAGAGAUGAACGAUCGGCUGAACUACCCACUUUCAACAUCCUGUCCAAAAUGUUCCUAGACCAUAUCUUACGCCCAGCAGAAAUAAAAUCUUUCGAAGAGAAACUCAGACCGCAUCAGCUUGCCAAAAUAGCCAUAUCUUCCAAUGACCAACUCGCGUCAACGAUUGAUGACGACGAUUUGAGCGAACCCAAUGCGAGCACGCGGAGAGGACCCGCUACCGUCCUGGAUCGCGCCGUUAUGGAACACAAUCUUCUCGCAAGCUCAAAAAUAUACAAUAACAUUACUUUUCGUGGGCUCGGCGGGCUCCUGGAUCUGACCCCUGGUGCUGCGGAAACCAUGGCCCGGAAAAUGAUUGAACAAGGCCGCCUCAAAGGCUUUAUCGACCAGGUAGAUAAACUCAUUUGGUUUGAUGAUGGGAAAGAGGAAGACGACGCACAAGGCAAGGCGGGUGGCCUGGGAGACGUUGAGCAGAGUACCGAAGAUACUGGUGCUCCGUUUACUAAACGUUGGGAUAUGCAGAUCCGGAUGACAGCAGCUAAUGUCGACUCGAUUGUUCAACAUUUAGCGGAGAAGGGCCUGGUCAAUAUGGUGGAUGUAGCAGCGUAAUAUUUGUAUGAUAUCCGUGUACAGUCUUCGUAACAAUUGUAAAUGAUAUGAUGCAUGCAACUGGUGUCCAUAUUGAUACACGGAUUGAUAUAUAUUACGGUGGUCCAGACUCCAAUUUUCUUCGCUUUUUCGCCCUCUCGCGCUUAGUUUCUAAUUCGUGCCAUUCUCCUUCAAGAGUGGAGAGCCCGACAGGUAACGCCGCUGGUGGGUCUUCAGUUAUAAAGUAUGGAGUCUCGAGCGCUUGAGAUGCGCUGACUCGCUUUGCAGGAUCAUACGCAAGAAGAAGUUCUGCGAGAUCGAGAGCUGCUGGUGACAUCCACCUUUGGAACAGCUCUCUGAAGUGAUCAGGUAUCACCUCCUUUGGCUUAACAAGCUCGUACCAAGGCAGCUCGGUAACGCCUGGCCAUCGCUCUGGCGUCGGAGUGCCGAGUAUUUUAUAAAUUACAUCCAGCUGGUGUAUCUCGUCAUUUCCUUGGAAAAUGGGCUUCUUCGUAUAGAGCUCCAGCAUUAUACACCCUGCACUCCACAUGUCUACUUCGGGCCCAUAGAUAGUUGCCCCAAACAAAAGCUCCGGAGGUCUAUACCACAAUGUGAUAACCCUGUUAGUGUAAUCGCUGCGGCGACGCUUUUGAUAAAAUCGAGCGAGUCCAAAAUCUGCAAGCUUCAGUUCUCCCUUGUUAUUGAUAAGGAUGUUCGAGCCUUUGAUGUCACGAUGGACAACUCCUUUGUGAUGAAGAUAUGCCAAGCCGCCAAGCAUUUGGCUGCACAGCGACUUCAGAUUGGCUUCAGAGAACGAGAACUGGGUCUGUGAUAAGACUCCUGUCAAGUCAUGAUCCAUGUAUUCAAAAACCAUGAAAACUGAUCCGUUGGAAACCAUCAUCUCAUAAAGUCGCACUAUAUUUUGAUGUCGCAGCGAUUGGAGAAGUUUAAUUUCGCGCAUAGCGGUUACGGGGAAGCCAUCUCGUUCGGCCUCCAUGCGGAUCCUCUUGAGCGCAACAUGCAAAUUACUGACAGUAUUGCGUGCUUUGUAAACCUUUCCGAAUGUUCCCUCACCAACUUGGCUGACAAUAGCAUAUAGCUCUUUGUGAGCGACUGCGGAAGGCGUUGAAGGUCUGGGCCGCUCGUCGACAUCUCGGUUAACGACCUGCGGCUGUUGGAGAGGAAUAAUUACGUCGUUAUUCUCGGAGUGCUUGGGCAAGCUGGGCUCUGGUUCAGUGUGACGUCGUGGGCUAUAAGGAAUAUCGUGCGGAGGCUCAGCAGGCGCAUCAUCGGGAACAUAUACACGGUCUGCAGCAUGUACACUGAGAGAUGUCUUCACCGAUACGGCCUCAUGAGUUGGUCCACGUGUAGUAUUACUGCGUCGAUCGAUGUUUUCGUCCUCACGAGUGUGUUUUCCAAAGCCACCACUUGCCACUCGAGGGACAGUUAUCACUGGGGAUGGUUGCGAUGCAAGGUUGUCGUCUUCUUCAUCGUCAUCACCAGGGAAAAAUCUCUUAACCGCAGAGCUAGUUUGACCGAUUGGUUUGAAACCAGCUCGUCCUAGAGUUACUGGACGGGCUCUGGGAGUAUGGGUCUCCGUAGAACGCUCAGAUAAUGUACCGGAGCGGAUUGACGUUGAAGGAGAUGGUGGUGCUUGGGAAACAGCGGACGUAGGCACUAUGG